GUUGUCCGCCCUCUCGCUCUCUCCCCCUUCUCUACCCGCCGUCGAUCCUAAACAGCGAAAGAGAAUGAUAAAGAGGCGUUUCUUCAAGCAAGAUCUUGCGGAUAGAAAUGACGCAUCUGACUCUUCUUCUUCUGAUUCUGACUCAGAUUCUGUAGAAGCAGAAGAAGAAGCAGAAGAAGAAGCAAUAACUGAAACAAAAGAAGAAGCAGAAAAGUCCAAAUCACCAUCUUCCGGUUCAGGAUAUGAAAGUGAGGAUAGUUCUGGGAAUGAGGUUGAUUGUGACUCUUCAGUUCUUAUUGAUGAGGAUGAAGAGAGUAUUGGGAACAGCACGCGACAAGGUCUUGAAGACGGUUUGGUAACUGGUAAUGUCAAAACAGCGGAGGAGACACCUAAUAACCCCACCAAAGCAUCGAAUUCAAAAGAUAACACUCAAAUUGAUUUGGAUGAUUGUGUCUUGAAAUGCAAGUCCGUCUUCAAGUGCAGGCUCUGCCCAAGGAUCGUGUGUUUGUCCGAGGAUACUUUAAAGGCUCACCUUAACUCAAAGAGACACGCUCGUUCCAAGAAAUUGCUGAGCGAAGGGAGGCUAAAGCUUAUGCUCAAUAGUGAUGGUGAAAUCGAGGAAGAUCAAGAAACCCAUGCGGAGAGGCAUGCUCGAAUCAUAGCUCUUGCGCAGGAUUCAGCUAAUUCAAAGAAGAGAAAUAGAGGGCGGCAGCGGCAGAAGCUAAGGUUAUCGAAGAAGAAGCUGCGAGAUGGUUCGCAGGGGGGAGACGUCAAGCAAUCAACUAAGACCCCAACAAAGAAAAGGCGUAAGGUUGAAGAUUGAGGAUGUGGCGGCUGCAUCAUGUGCAAAAUGGUUGCCUGAAACAGGUUGUCAGCACUCUGCAAUUUGGCAUGAGGUUUUAAUUAUUUGGUGUGAAACAGGCAAAGAUUGAUCAGAGAGAGUAGUUUUUGGCAAGUGUUGUAGUUUUUGCUCUCUCUUUCUCAUAUAAUCAUUGUCAUCAUCUCACCUACCCUUAUUUCAACUAAUUGGGGUUUGGCUACAUGAAUCCUUUUUCAAGGGCCAUAACUGAAAUGCCGUAAAAUAAAUUUGGAAUGUCA